AAUAAAUUAUCAAGUAUGUAGAUUGCGGCGUAUGUUAUAAAGACUUUUUGGCCUACAGCAAAACAGAGAUAGCAAGCUUCGACCAAAAUAAAAAAGGGAUUAAAAUAUGAAAAUUUUACCACACUGCAAUUCAUAUUGAACAUUUGCAUUGCAUUUGGAUGAAAUAACUUCCCAAGUGGCAUGAAUUGAAUGUGCAUCAAGAACUAAAAUUAAAAUUAAACCUCAUCCUCAAGAAUCUUUCAUGAUUUGGAAGUAUAUUAAAAGUUUACCCGAAGACAAACAAAUUAUAAAUUGCAAUAAAAAACAACACGAAGCUGCAAAAUCAACUUACCAGAAUUGAACUUUUGAAGUUUUCUUUUGAAUUUGUAAAAUGCUAAAAUUAAUAUCAGUUACUGCGACUGCCACUGCUCUUUCUUGUUUCGGAUGCCACUCAUUAUACCAUAGUUUAAAUACUAAAGUUGAAUGUGAGAUAAAAGAAAAAAAUUUAACUAGUAACAAAAAAUUAGAUUUAAAUGAAACUUGUCAUAAGGUUGCAAUUAUUGGCUCUGGAAUAGGAGGUUGUUCUGCUGCCUAUUUCUUAAGAAAAUUGAUGCCAAAUGUGAAGAUUGAUGUUUAUGAGAAAAGUCAUAUUGUAGGAGGUCGCUUAUCUAUAGUAAAAGUUGGAGACCAUGAAUUUGAAGCAGGAGGUAGCAUUAUACACAAUAAAAAUCAAUAUGUGGUUAACUUCAUGAAAGAAACAGGACUUCAACCCAACGUUAAACCUGAAAAGAAUUUUGGUAUCUAUAAUAAUGAACAUUUUGUUUUUGUGGAAAGUGGAGUUAAAAUUUAUAAUUUUCUAAAAUUAUUGUGGAGAUAUGGGCCAUAUACCUUAUACAAAAUGAAUUUAGUAGUGAAUGAAACAUUAAAGCAGUUUGAUAACAUAUAUAGCUUGCAAGAUUAUCAAAAAGCAUAUAGAACUGUAGAGGAACUUCUUGUAGAUAUUGGAGGGGAAAAAAUUCUGCAAUACACUAAGGAAACUCUGGCAAAUGUAAUGUUAAAAGAAGGAGUUAGUAAAAAGCUAAUAGAUGAACUAAUUACUGCUGCUAUUAGAGUAAAUUAUGGACAAAAUACAAACAUAAAUGCUUUUGCAGGGUGUUUGUUAUUUUUCACUACCAAAAUUGAUACAAGUCGAGGUUUAGUAGCCCUGGCUGGUAUCCAAGGUGAUUCUUUGUUCUCUAUAAAAGGUGGAAAUUAUCAAAUUUGUAAAAACUUAUUGUCAAUCUCUUAUGUCAAUUUAAUGUUAGAUCAGGAGAUAUCUUCUAUUCAAAAAUGUUAUGAUAAUUCCACUAAGAAAGUCUAUUAUAACUUAGAGUUUAAUAAUGAUGAAAGAUCAAAAGUUAAUUAUGAUUGUGUUAUUAUUGCUGCUCCGUUAGAAGCACCAAAAUGUAUUCUUAAAUGCAAUAAUUGUUUAAACUGGCCAAGUACACAAGGAUCUUUUAAACAAAUUUUUGCAACCUUUGUUCAAGGUUGUUUAAAGUAUGACACAUUUAACUGUAAGAGUGAAAAUGAAGUUCCAUCAUUUAUUUUAACAACUGAAAAUCUCAAAUUAAAGUAUACUUCAAUUGGAGUUCAAACAGAUGUCUAUGGAAUUAUGCCAGAAAAGAAAAUUUAUAAGCUGUUUUCUCACUACAAGCUUAACGAUGAUGAUUUAAAAAGCUGUUUCCAUCUAGAUAAUUCAUUAACUCCAAAGCCUGUUGUAGAAUGGUAUGCUUAUCCUGCAUAUAAUGUGCCUGAAGUUUUUGCACCUUUUAAACUUGAUGAUGGAGUUUUUUAUGUAAAUGCAAUAGAAAGAGCUGCCUCAGCAAUGGAAAUGAGUGCUAUAGGAGGAAGAAAUGCUGCUAUAUUGUCAUACCAAUAUUUGGAGAAGUAAUAUUUUAAAUGAGUAAAAUGUCACAAUUCUAUUAUUUUUAUUUUUGUUGAAAAAAAAUAGUUUUUUUUAA